AUGACACGAACACUUGCAUUAGAUUUGUUUCAUUUUGGCCAAUCAUUAGAACGUGACCCACAAUCACGAAUAAAUGUGCACAAAAAUGUGGUUUAUGCUAAAUUUAUUGAAGAAGUUGCUCAUCCAGAAAGUCAAAAGGUAUGUCGAAGAGAUCUUAUAUUUCAAGAAAAUGCAGACUCAAAACAACGAACAAAAACUGUAUUACAAAUUGUCGAUGGAUUAUUUAAUCAUCGAGUUUUACCAGAAGAAGGCUAUGCUAAAUUUGCUUACGUGUAG